CGAACCGCCAUCCUCCUUCUACUCUGGUGCGGUAAAGCACGAUGGCCCCUCACUUCGGACAGGAAGCGCGCACGGUGGUGAUACAGCGCGCAGUGGAGACUACGCAGCAGCUUGAGACCUCAAUGGAGGAGAAUAUUCUGCUGGGCGUGACGGCCAAGGACGUUUCUGUAUCGCUGCAAGUUGAUACGCCGGAACGUAACGUUGAGGAUCAUUCAGACAAAGCCCUGGCUGCGCCGUCGUCCCCCACGCGCCACCGCAAGCGUGACGUGCUGCGUCAGGUGUCGAUGCGUCUAUAUCUCAAGGGAAAACACGUGGCUGACGACGUACUGCGCAAUGUGGCGCCUUCCCGACUAGCCGAUGCCGAGGAGGUUUGCAGCGACGCGCAGUCAAGUCUUGAUCAUGAGAUCCGCAACUCCAGCAAGACACGAAAGCAUCUCUGGCUGCCCAAGACCCAAGACGACUCGGUACUACUGGACUCGUCCAGCUGUCACAAGAAGGAUCAGUCGGCAGUGCAAGAGUUCUUUGUGUCUCGUGUGACCGACCCGACGUCGUACUUCUAUCGUUUCCAUUACGACGACUACCAUCACUUGGCUCCUCGGAAAGCAGAGGUGCAACUCGUGGACAUCAAGUGGCUGAAGCCUCACGAACAAAUCGUGAGCUGGGAACGAGUCAAUGGACUCAGAAAGGCGACGCUGUCAUGGGACGCAUACACGGAGCCAUUGCUGGUGGAUAUCAAGACUGGAGCGAUCCUUGAUGGCCACCAUCGCUACAAUGUGGCUCUACAGCUGCGUCUUAAGCAGGUGCCAGCCGUAUUGGUGGACUAUUUGGGGGACAAAACGAUCCACGUGGACGUCUGGCCAGGCUGUGGACGAUCGCACUUAACAAAAGCGGAGGUUAUUGCGAUGUCCUUAUCGCCAGAUGUAUUCCCUCCCAAGACGAGUCGUCAUAGAUUCACAGAGAGCUUGCCGCCCAUUUCUAUUCCGCUGUCUGUUCUGCGUCAAGCACCUCUUCCUAUGGAGGAGAUUACGAACCCGACAAUAGUGUCGAGUGAGGAGAUGCAGACGGAGACGCUGCGCUCGUUGGAACGCAAGCCCAGUCUGCAGCAAGUGUCGAUUCUCUUGAUCUGUGGCGCUCAGAAUCUGGCUGCGUCGGUGACCAAAAGUCUGUUCCGAGGUCGACUGCGCUCCGUCGACCGUGUCCGCGAUUCAACGCAGAUGGAUCUCAUCAGACGACCAUCCUACGACCCGAAAGAUUUCUUUAACGCUAUCCGAGAGAACGACCCGACGUCGAGUUUUUGUCGACAGAAGGCCGCGACGCUGGAAGAUCUUCUGUCGGACGAUAAAGAACGUCGUCAGAAGUUCUUCUUGACGCGUAUUGCCGACCCGACGUCGUAUUUCUACAAGUAUCACUUCGAUGCUCGUCCACAGCGACAACCGAAGAAACUGGUCGUGCAUUUGGCUUCGCUGCGCUGGCUGAAGGCUCACGAGCAUGUUGUGAGUUGGGACCGUGUCGAUGGACUUCGUCGCGCUACUGUGCGUUGGAAUGCGUAUCUGGAACCUUUGCUUGUGGACAGAGCCACGGGAGCGAUCCUGGACGGUCAUCACCGGUAUAAUGUGGGCGUUCAACUCGAGAUACAGUGCGUACCCGUUGUGCUGGUGGAUUACUUACAGGACGAAACGAUUACCGUGGAUGUCUGGCCAAAGUGCGGUCGUGAUUCGCUUACGAAGCAGGAGGUGAUCGAUAUGUCGCUUUCGGACGAUCUGUUCCCACCUAAGACGAGUCGCCACUCGUUCUCGGACGACUUGCCACCCAUUUCGGUUCCUCUCGAGCGUCUUCGACAGCCGUUGGAUUAUAACUUCGUUCUGCUGUAG